AUGACUACACUCGGACCAAAUAGAGAAAAAGUUGAAAUUGCAAAGAUUGGUGGUUUAGAACUUUUUUCUAAUGAAUUUGAUAUGUUACACACUUUCACAGUAGCCAAAUUGACUGCUAAUAUGUGGAGAGAUACACUCGAGUCAUUGAAAAAUACAUUUCCUAAUGAUCAGCAGUUGAGAGUGGCGGCUGAGUAUUGGGACAAGUUGCCACAUGGUGUUCUCGAAAUUAGUCCACAUGGUAUGGUAGACAGAAACGCUUACUACCAACGUCUUCGUACUGGAUGUCAACUCAAGUUUGGUUAUUUCAAAAGCGAGAAAGGAGAAUCGAUUUAUACUUGUCGUACACCUGAUAUUGUUGCUCAUGAAACUGGUCACUAUUCACUCGAUCGUUUGCGUCCCACAUUUAUGCAGUCGAAAAAGACACAAACACGUGGCCUUCAUGAAGCAUUUGGAGAUAUAUCUGCACUAAGCUUUGUGUUUGCAGAUGAUGCAAUGGCCAACGCUUUGAUUAAUUCCACCGAUGGUAACCUUCACUCGUCAGAAAACUUUGCUGCAAAGCUUGCAGAACAAUUUGGUAUUUCAUUAGGAAUGCAUGGCUAUCUUCGUAAUGCGGAUGCUGAUUAUAAACUUUCUGAGGUCGAAGAUGAAGAACAUGCAAUAUCAGAAGUUUUUACUGGAGCGUAUUAUGACGCACUUGUGAGGGCUUUUAAUGAUGCUACUGACAAAUAUCCAUAUUACAAUUAUUCGAAUUUGUUGCAGGCAGUUAGCGAAUAUGCUCGCGGUCUCUUUUUGCAUGCAAUUGUGACUGUAGGUGAGCAACAACCAGAGUUUGUUGACAUUGCCAAUCGUCUUAGCGAGAUUAUUGAUCAACAUGAACAAAAGGCACCUGCAAGAGUUGCAUAUCUAAAGUCUUUGGAUUGGAAAGUGUAUUUUGCAGAGGAAUUUCAGCGACGUGAGGUCAGCGUACCUGCCAAUCUACUACAGCAUGUUCCUAAAGAAAAGAUGACAAAGACUAGCAUGAUCCAACAGAGAUCUAAGGAACAGAAAGAGAAUUUGAAAUCAGUAUGUAGUGGUCCCCUUAUAUCCGAUCAAUAG